AUGCAAGCUAUUCGUGUCCACCCCGCGCCUUCUGGAACCCCUCCAUACACACCAGCCAAUCCCGCCCCAUCCACAGCUCUGAAUCUCGACCAUGAUGUUCCCAUUCCUAAACCUUCCCAGUCAGGGGACCUUCUCAUCCGCGUCGAAGCCACAACCAUUAUCCGUGACAUGCUGACCUGGCCGGAGACCUACGCCCACGAGUACGCCAUCCUCGGUAGCGACUUUUCUGGAGUCGUGACCGAGGUCCAUUCACUUGACAGCAAGUUCAAGCCAGGCGAUGCCGUUUUUGGUAUGACGGAUGUGAACCGUGCAGCUACAUGGGCUGAAUACACGAUCGCCAAAGAGGACGAGGUCGCGCUGAAGCCGACCGCUUUGAAUUUCGUCUCGGCUGCAGCCAUGCCACUUAGUGCUUCAACAGCUUAUGAGGCUCUAUUCGAGCAUGCCCGCAUUCCCCAGCCCACUGUGGACCAGCUCAAGGCGCAGUCUGCACAGAUGAAAGACCAACGCGUGCUGAUUACCGGAGCAAGCGGCGCCCUGGGCCUAUAUCUCGUGCAGAUGGCUGCUGGUGCGGGCGUAACGGUAGUUGCCGCGAGCAGCUCGAAUUCCCGCAAUGGUGACUUCUUGCGAGACCUAGGGGCAGAUGAAGUGGUCGAGUAUAGUAUGCUAGAGGAGCAACGAGGGAAAUUCGACGCUAUCAUUGAUGUCGUUGGCGGUGAUUUGUUAAAGAAGUGCUGGGGCUAUGUAAAGGACAAAGGUGUGCUAAUUUCGCUGGAGUCUGCCAGCUAUGAUUUCGUCGAAGAGCACCGAAAACUGGGGCUUUCUAGGGAGGGAGUUCGUGCAAUCUUUUUCGUCGUCAAGGGCAGCUUGGAGGCCCUGCGCUAUAUUGCUGAUGCGGUGGAUGCCGGCGCCCUUCAGUCGUUUGUGGCGGGCACAUUUCCGCUUGAAAAAGCGCGGGAGGCGUAUGAUAUCGCGAAUGGGCGGUACUCAGGGCGUGGAAAGAUUAUUCUCAGUCUCAGGUGA